AAAAGGAGAUGGCUCGUCCAGGAUCAGGGUUGCUGGUGCCCGUCAACGGGCUGGGGUACCCCCCUCAGAACCUGGCCAGGGUGGUGGUCUGGGAGUGGCUGAAUGAACAUGGGCGCUGGAGGCCCUACAGUGCAGCGGUGUGCCACCAUAUUGAGAACGUACUAAAGGGGGAUGCCCGGGGAACUGUAGUGCUGGGGCAGGUGGAUGCCCAGCUCUCUCCAUACGUCAUCGACCUGCAGUCCAUGCACCAGUUUCGACAGGACACAGGCACCAUGAGACCAGUGCAGAGGAACUUUUACGAGCCGUCAUCGGCUCCGGGGAAAGGCGUGGUGUGGGAGUGGGAGAACGACAACGGCUCGUGGACACCGUAUGACAUGGAGAUCUGUGUGACCAUCCAGAACGCCUACGAGAAGCAGCACCCCUGGCUUGACCUGACCUCCCUGGGCUUCUGCUACCUCAUCGACUUCAACAGCAUGUGUCAGACCAACCGGCAGAGCCAGCGCAAGCGACGGCUGCGGAGACGCAUGGACUUGGCCUACCCGCUCAUUAUGGGUUCCAUCCCCAAGUCUCAGUCGUGGCCCGUGGGAGCCAGCUCCGGCCAGCCCUGCUCCUGCCAGCAAUGCAUCCUGGUCAACAGUACGAGAGCCGCCUCUAAUGCUAUUCUGGCCUCCCAGCGGCGGAAGCACUACGGAGGGACAGCAGGUAACCCGGGCGCUACAGGAACCCUCGCUGUAGUGCGGCAGAGCAACACCUUUGCUGGAACCUCCCUCUGGUCGCCGACAUCCGCCUCCUCCGGUCCCAACAACAUUAACAUAAGUAUGGGAGGUGGGCAAGCCAAAGCUGAACAGGUGCAGUUGCCGUUGUCCUCUGCCAACUUCCCCUGUUCUCCCGUGAUGCCAUCUCUUUCAUCCGCCCAUGGCCACCACGCUCUCACCAUCAACGGACAAAACAACCUGAACCGGCCGGGCACCCAGCGCAUUUCCAUGGGCACUGCCAGAGGAGCCAUCCCACCAGGGGUUCCAGCCCUCCCAGUAAAGAACCUGACUGGAACUGGACCUGUGCACCCAGCACUAGCAGGUAUGACAGGUAUCCUGAUGUGCGCUGCAGGUCUGCCGGUUUGCUUGACUCGGGCCCCAAAGCCCAUACUGCACCCGCCACCCAUCAACAAGAGCGACAUGAAGCCUGUGCAAGGGAUCAAUGGCAUGCGCCGCAAAACCAAGAAAAAGCACCUGAGGAGAGGCAAAAACCCAGAGGAUGUGGUGCGAAGAUACACAGAGAAGAUUAAAAUGUUGCCAGAUGAGGACUGUACCAUCUGCAUGGAGAGGCUGGUCAUGUCAUCAGGCUAUGAAGGAAUCCUGCAGCACAAAGGCAUCAAGCCAGAACUGGUGGGAAAACUUGGCAAGUGCGGGCACAUGUACCAUCUGCUGUGCCUGGUGGCCAUGUACAACAAUGGCAAUAAGGAUGGCAGUCUUCAGUGUCCAACAUGCAAAACCAUCUACGGGGAGAAAACAGGCACCCAGCCUCCUGGGAAGAUGGAGUAUCAUGUAAUCCCCCACUGCCUGCCCGGCUACCUGGACUCCAAGACCAUCCGCAUCGUCUACGACAUUCCUGCUGGGAUCCAGACCAAUGAGCAUCCCAGCCCCGGGAAGAAGUUCAGUGCAAGAGGGUUCCCUCGUCACUGUUACCUCCCUGACAAUGACAAAGGCAGGAAGGUCCUGAAGCUGCUGAUCAUGGCCUGGGACCGACGCCUCAUCUUCACCAUCGGCACGUCCAGUACCACAGGCGAGUCAGACACGGUGGUGUGGAACGAGAUUCACCACAAGACAGAAUUCGGAUCCAACCUGACCGGCCAUGGCUACCCCGACCCCAACUACCUGGAAAAUGUCCUGACAGAGCUGUCGGCCCAGGGGGUCGGAGAGGACAACUUGAAGGACUGAUGAUCGGCUGAGCUGAUUCACAGGAACACAACCCAACAUGCCCCGCCAUCUCCCAGAGAACAGGACACUGCAUGACGGGCCAACAAGUAGCCGACAACUCUUUACUCCCCACAAACAAAAAUACCCUGCAGAAGUGGUGGCAAAAGAGGAAAGAAGGCAAAACAAAAUGACGUGGUUAUGGUCAAUAUUUUGAGUUAUAUAACCUAAAGGUUUCCCCCCCUGCUGUCUCUUGAUUCAUGCCUUGAGCAUGUUGUGUUUUUGUCAAAUUUUCUGAGUGGGUUGAAGAAAACAAAGACAAAGUGAUAUUUCUGUCUUGGUAAAUUGUAUUUAACCCCUUUUAGAUUUAAACUGAAGCUGUUCCUCUGCACUUGAUGAGGGCCUGUAUUUGUAAAUGGGCCCAUAUUUGUAAAUGCUGAACUCCAGAAUGCAUGGCCCAGACUAACGCUGCAAAAUGAAAGUUGGGUUAAUAUCUGCAAUCGGGUAAGGAGUUGAUAGAUCAGUUACUUAUUUGAUAUUGUGAAGAGAAAUUUAAGAGAAUUUUAGCAUUUUGCGUCCCCCUUUUCUCUAUUAAUUGGUUAUUGGUGAAGGUGAAGCGAUAAAACUUCUAAGACCUUAGGUCAGUUGUUCUCUAAAAUGGAAGUGUGUUCUGUAGUGCACAAAGUAGAUUCAAGAGAGGGAUAAAGGCUAUGAAAUAUUAGUGUGUGGUAAUAAUCGUAUGUUGUAUGGUCAACCUUGUGAACUGUUUAUGAGAGGAGACAUGAAAUAAAUGAAACAAGCAUCCUACCAGUCAGUUUGAUGCUCGUUACAAGGUGUUAUGACUUGACGGGCUGAGGUUGUGAAGCUGGAUUUGCUAUGCUCCAAGGUUAAACUCAUUUGUUUUGUUGACACACUGAUGAUGCUGACCUCUGAGUUUAAAGCCUGCAUUAUUUUUCUCCCUGUUGGAGACAAAUCCAGGCAUCUUCACAAUCCAUCAUUCUGACCAUACACAAGGCUCUGUGCGAGAAUAUCCUUUAGGAGAAAAGCUGAACGCGCUUCUAGCAGAUGGACUUUUCGCUUUCAAACACCAAACAGUUCUCCCUUGGAGAAGCAUCUUGGGUUCCUGCUUGCCAGAGAUCCACAAGUCUCUUGUGAACUUGUUUUCUGCUUUGUAAUACACAAGGCUCCACUUCUUCUAUAGCGAGCAGGGAAAGAUCUUAUUGGUUGCGUGAGCUCAUUUACAGUUGUUAGAGCCGAUCCUGAUGUAUACCCCCACUUUAUUAUCCCUCCCCAGCAACACUAGAGCACUUCAUUCUAGGAACCUUGUUCUAGUAUAAAGUUCUCUUGGAAAAAAAAUGUAUCUUCUUUCCCCCUCAGAUUUUAUGCCCUUGGGGUGAAGACUGUUUGAAGGUCCUUGGAGGAGGUCUUGUGCUGUUUCUACACACUGAGAUAAAAGAUAACCCAGUGCUGCAUAAUUCUCCAUUAAUAUAUCUGAUCAAUUUUAAUGAGAGGGGGUGUUGAUGUAAGGUUUAUCGUGUGGCGACCCAGCUGUGAGCUUAAUUUUGGAGUGAAUCAUAGUCUUCCAUAGCACUUUGAGGCAAUGGUUUUGUUUUAAUCAGUCGUUACAUUUUUAGGAAAAUGUAAAAUUGCAACUAAAUCUGUCUUUUUUUUUUAAGUUGAUGUUUAUAAACCGGCUUGCGAUGCUUUGAAAAAUAGGCCUAUCUAUGGAAUACAUUUGCAGAUGUGAUAUAUCUUUAAAUUUAAGCUCAAUCGGAGUCAAUGGUGUGAGUUUAAUUUAUUUUUAUACUCUUCUAUAUAGUAAAUAUAAAGAUAAAGAUGGCCCACAUAUCUAUACACAGGCACAUGAAUACAUAAAAUCUGGCAAAGAUGAAUUUGUCAGUAUGUCAGGGACUGUUGAAAUAUGUACGACAUGUUAUGGACGUCUUAUAUUACAAGUAGUCUUAGCGUAUGCUGCUCUCGUUACCUUAAUGUAGAAUCUCUGUAGUCGAUCCCCUGUGGGACUCCAAUAAAUACAGUAAAUGUGUCUUUAUUAUUGGUGGGGGAGCUUUAGCAGCAUGAAGAUGUCCGUUCCCCCCAAAUGGGCCAUUUCUCUUUUCUACUUGUCCAGAACAUGAGAAUGGAUGAAGUCAGCAAUCGGCAUGCCUGGGUUAAAUAGAAGCUAUUUCUUGAUGUUUGUUUUAAGUUAGCUGGAGCAACAGAUUGGUGCGAUUGACCUUAGUCAGUUUUCAAUCAAAGUACACUGAAUUACAUUUUUUAAGGCCCUGAAAACAAAAUACAUUAUUUUCCCAAAGUUAACAAAGUUUUGUUAUUUUACAUGUAUUUUUUUUGUAUGUGACCUUGCUUUUGUGUUCAAAGCAAAGUGCGAAAAUACACUUUGCUGGCAUUUUUCCCACAUCUUCAAUAUAUAUUUAGACACACACACCAAGUUUUCAGGGACUUUCAACUACUUUUUAUGUGUUUAACUUCAAUAUUUUGGCACCUGCACAGGCAAACAACUAAAAGUAUGUGUAAUUGUGAUUUUCAACCCAGUUGUUGAAAACAAAUAUUGUUUGGCCUGUUCCAUCUCAAGUUAUCUCCUUCACAACCUUUUCGACUCCCUUUAUAAUACGGGACAGCACGAGAGAAUGCUUCCAACCUAUCAGGGAAUUUUUUCCAUGUUGAGAGAAGUUUCAUUAACCAGAGGAAUCCAAAUGUUUGCUUCUUUGACUUUUCCUCUCCAUGUGUCGGCCUUGUAGUAUGAAUGAUUGCAGGCCCUUUAGACUUUUCAGGUGUGUACAGACUUAUAUGGGAUUGAUGAAUAAAACAUGGUAUGGUAUUGGUCUGAUUGAGAGAGGUGAUGUAUAUGCAAUUUACUAUUUUUAAGAUCUUAUACAUGAUUUAUGUGUAGCAAGAAGGCAUUUUUUUGGGUUUAAGAUGACAAUGGAUGUUUUCUUUAUGGGGUGCCUACUGUACCUCAUGGAUUCUAGACAAAGGGGUUGCGAUCCGAAGAUCACAUUCUGUGUACGAGAAAACAUAUAUUUUUGAUGUCUUUUUUUUAAUAAUGAUUGUCUCUAAAAUAAUUAUUACACAACAUUGCUGUAUAACUCUUAAGAUUCAUUCCAUACUAUUUUCCAUUUGAUUAGAAGUGGAAUAAGGGGGGGAAAUCCUACCGCUUGAAGUAUACAGUUAUACUCUCUCAUAGUAUCAACUGCAAACUGUACUUCUCUUUCUGAAUGAUACCUUAACAUUUUAUUUUGAAUAUACUGUGUGCUUGUAUCUCCUCGUCUGUGCAAGUGUGUAUGAAUGUGUGCCGAGUGCAUCUUAAACAAAUCUUAGGUUCAUGUCCUUUAAAGAUACAGUAAUGUUCUCCGAGAGGUGCAUGUUAACCAAACUGUGAGAAAGUUUAUUGACAAUGCAUAGCUUUUUGCUUAUGAAACAUCAUAGCUUCUUUAGAGAUAUCACCCAGGUCUUCUGGGGAUUUAGCACUGUGGUUUUGCAUCUUACUCCAGUUAGUUAGAAAGGUUUGUUCCUCUAUCGUGUUUGAUUUAUGGGGACGAGGCAGCGUUUGGCUCCUCUGCUCACUCUUUUGACCACAUGUAAAACACAAUAUAGUUUUACAUCUGAAGUACCCAUUUUAAUUGAUAUUUUCAAAUCAUGAUUUAUAUGAUUUAAUUUCUCUUAACCAGUUUCUACAUAUUGCUAUUUAAAUUGGUUCUUAAAGAGAAACUGAGAUCAACUAAAGGCAAGAUAUAGAGAUACAUUGAUUUAACUAUAAAGGGCUUCUUAAUCUAUCGGUCUUUAUGAAUUGUGAUGACCUUGUUGCAUGUUUGUGUGUUUCUUGUGGAAAAAUAAAUGUGCCCUGGACUGGGGUAGUUUGUUUGA